GCGGCGGUAGCGGUGAUGCGUUGCCAUGGAGCCCGGGUGCCGCACACCCCCUCCCAGCCAGGCCGCCUCCUACUCCCAGCCACACUGGUCAGCCAGAUCCGCAUAGCCAGCGAGCCGAGCACCGGACACAGACACCCGGACACUCCGCUAGUGAGCGCAGCCCGCCGUGUGCCUGCCCCCAGACAGAGCACCGGUGCCCCUCACCCCCACUGCUAGCAUGUCCCCGUAGUCUCUCCUCGUUCUCUGCUGCUGUUCCUCCCCCAUUACACGACCAGUGCUCUGUGCCAACUCCUAGGUACUCUUAUCCUGUGCCUCUCACUUCUACUAACCUGUGCCCCCUCAGUACUGAUUACUGAGCACCCCCCAGUACUGCUCUCCACUGCCUGCUCAGUAUUAUGCCCACCUCAGUACUAAUUAUCUGUGUUUCCCUCAGUACUACUCUCCUAUGCCCCGCCAGUACUGUCAUCCCCUGUAACCCCUCAGUGUCAGUCCGUAAGUACCAGUAACUUUCCCCUCUUUGGCAGUCUUCUCUAUUACCAGUUUCUGUCCUGUGACUACCUUUUUCCUGUGCCCCCUCAGUGCCAGCCCCGUGUCCCCUCAGUACCAGUCCCCUGUGCCCUCUCAGUACCAGUCCCCUGUGGCCCCUCAGUGCCAGUCCCGUGGUCCCUCAGUGCCAGCCCCCUGUGGUCCUUCAGUACCAGUCCCCUGUGGCCCCUCAGUACCAGUCCCCUGUGGUCCUUCAGUACCAGUCCCCUGUGGCCCCUCAGUACCAGUCCCCUGUGGCCCCUCAGUACCAGUCCCGUGGCCCCUCAGUGCCAGCCCCCUGUGGUCCUUCAGUACCAGUCCCCUGUGGCCCCUCAGUGCCAGUCCCCUGUGGCCCCUCAGUGCCAGUCUGUCGCCUUUACUAGCAGCAGCUCGGGGCAGCCCUCCUAUACGCGGUGCAGGUCCCAUUACCACCCGCCAGUCAAACAAAAAGCAUCAAAGUAGUUAGUCUGCCAGCCGCGUCCCGUCCUGAGAUCCCGCAUCCGCCCGCCCGCCCGCCCGCCGCACAGCGUGGACCUCCCGUGGCCGCCGCACCGUCUACUCCAUUCAGUCCCAGUGACACGGCGAUGCAAUUGCAAUGCGUUUAAAGCUCCCUCGUAAGCGCAGCGCUUCUUUUGGCCCCGCCCCCAACCCCGCCCACUGCCUGACGCAGACUAGGUCCUCCCGGCGAAGAGAAAUUAGAUGCCACUAGUCCGGUUGAUCUCGGUGCAGCUGACUCCUCCCCCCUGUCCUCCCCCGCCACCCUCUGCCUCUCUCCAGCCGCCCCCACACUCAGGAUCUCCGGCUCCUGGCAUGUGAAGAGCCCCCGCAGCCGCCACUGUCUCCCGGGCGAUGCCCAGUGCGGCUCACUGACUUUCCCAUGCAUCCCACCGGCUUCUUCAGGAUGGAUUUCAGCCAGGGCAGCCUGUUCGGCUACAUCGAGGACCUGCACGAGCUGGCGAUCAUCGAGAGGCCGGUCCGCAGGAGCCUGAAGACGCCAGAGGAAAUUGAAAGGUUGACAGUAGAUGAAGAGCUUAAUGAUAUUGAAAGAGCUGUUUACCUGCUCAGCUCCGGCCAAGACAUCCAGGGAACCAGUGUUGUGGCAAAUCUGCCAGUACUCAUACGGCAGAAUCCUACGGACACACUGCGGAGGGUGGUGCCAAAAGUCAGAGAGGUUCUCCAUGUUGCAGGAGUAGAGAUGCAGCUGACAGCAGCGUAUUCUUUCCUGACUAUCCUACAAGAGGAGUCUGUGCCUGUUCAUUCCUACUGCCUGUCCUUCCUGCAAGUAAUCCUGCAGAACCUGGAGCACCGAGACACAGGUGUUAGCAAUGCGUGGCUGGACACCCUCCUUGCGGUUAUAGAUGUCUUACCAAAAGAGACCAUCAGACAUGAGAUUUUAAAUCCACUUGUAUCCAAAGCACAACUGUCCCAGACUUUACAAUCCCGUCUCAAUAGCUGUAAAAUCCUUGGGAAAGUAGCAAACAAGUUUGAAGCCCACAUAGUAAAACGAGACAUAUUCCCCCUGGUGGAAUCUUUGUGUCAGGACGUAGAGUAUGAAGUCCGCUCGUGUAUGUGUCGCCAGCUGGAGUUUAUUGCUCAAGGCAUAGGGACAGAAUUAACAAAAUCUGCCAUUCUUCCGGAGCUCAUAGAACUGGCCAGAGAUGAGGGGAACAGUGUGCGGCUCGCAGCCUUCGAGACUCUUGUUAAUUUACUAGUUAUGUUCGACCAUGAUGACAGAAGUCAGAUUGUUCUCCCACUGGUGAAGUCAUUUUGUGAGAAGUCUUUUAAAGCGGACGAAUCAGUCCUCACUUCUUUGUCUUUACAUUUAGGGAAACUCUGCCAUGGACUGCAAGGCCUAUUCACUCAGGAGCAGCAGAUAUGGUUCCUUGAAUUCUACAAGAAGCUCUGCAGGUUGGGUCUUCAUCAAGAGAACGGGCACAAUGACAACCAGAUCCAGAACAUAGAGCUAGAAAAGAAGUAUUGUGCCGUGAGAAAACACUGUGCCUACAACUUUCCCGCCAUGGUUGUGUUUGUUGGGGCGAAAAACUUCCACAUAGAGUUGUAUGCCACAUUCUUCUGCCUGUGUCAUGACCCCGACGAGCCCAUCAGAUGUACCAUGGCUCUCGGCUUCUGUGAAGUCUGUAAGCUCUUAGGAUCCAAUGUGUAUUUAAUACACAAAGAACUAGUCGCCUUACUACAAGAUGACUCACUAGAGGUUGUAGAUUCCUUAUUAAAUUACCUCCCGGAAACUCUGGAGCUCAUGACAAGUGGAGGGGACAACUCAGGGUUAGAUAACAAGCUUGUCAUAGUUCCUGACCUGGUCCCAGCUCUGACCUUAGCGGAACAGAGAGUCGCCAACUCUUUGAAAUGGCGAAGCCACGAGAAGUUAUUACAGAAGUUCUCCUGCCUGCCACACAUUAUUUCCAGUGACCAGAUUUAUUACCGCUUCCUGCAUCGGAUGUUCGCAAUCAUCUUGAACAAUAAUGUUUUACCGGUGCAGAAAGCGGCGAGCCGGACCCUAUGUAUAUUCCUGCGCUAUAACCGCAAGCAGGAGCAAAGGCAUGAGAUUAUUCAGAAACUGGUGGAGCAGUUAGGUCAAGGAAAAAGCUACUGGAACCGACAGAGGUUCCUGGACACUUGUGAAUAUAUCAUGGAGUUUUUCUCCAAGUCUUUCUUCUGUAAAUACUUUUAUAUGUCCGUCCUGGAGCUAACAAGUGACCCUGUCGCCAAUGUCAGAAUGAAGGUUUGCUACAUGUUGCCAAAACUAAAAUCCACCCUGAAGCUGCCAGCUGACAAACAUUUGCUUCAGCAGCUGGAAUUGUGCGUAAGGAAAUUGCUGUGUCAAGAAAAGGACAAGGAUGUUUUGGCUGUGGUUAAAAGGACUGUGCUGGAACUGGACCGGAUGGAAAUGUCUAUGGACACAUUCCAGAAACGUUUCUUUGAAAAAGAUUUACUGGACCAGGAAAAAGAGAGAGAGGAACAUUUGCUUCUGGAAAUGGAACAAAUAGAGAAGGAAAAGCAACAGAGUGAAGCACGUUCCAGCAAUGAGAAGAAUUAUGAGAAGAAGCGCAGAGACAGUAAAACGGGAUCAGCUUUGCCAAAAAAUCUCCCCACGGUAAUUUCGGGAAGCUCGUCAGGCACGCAAACAGUUAUUAGAGAAAGCAAGAAGAGCAAGCUGAUCCGGAGCCAAUCAUUCAGCAGCCAUGCCAUCCACCCGAAGCACAGCACCAUGGAGAAGAGCAUUAACAAAAGUAAUUCCGUGAUAGGAGUUGGGAAAAAUGUUUUGCUGCCGUUUGUUGAGGACUCGCUUAAAGCUAGAACCAGCAGUGCCAGUUCCUCGGUGGCAUUCUCCGGCUCUGCAACUCCUUCCUCGCGCAGUGUGGGUGGUACAGUCGACCAGAAGUCCAACGGCAGCAAAGACGCACAGUCCCGGAAGCUUAGCCUGAAAAACAGGAAGUCCAAAUCUUAGCUCAUCUGUUCAGUAACAAAUAAACCAAAGAGAUGCCGGUAAUCACGCGGGAGAUGGAGAAAUAGCUGGUGCUAGCCCAGAACAGACAACAACGUACAUUAUUAUAUGUCCUCCAGCUGAUUUCUAUCCAGGGGAAGAAAAUUGCUAUGAAAGUCUUUACUGCAUGAUGGUUACAUUUAUCAAAAUGACCAUCCCAAAACAUAGCCAUCUGGGAGAGCUGCUUUUUCCCUGCAAGCGUCCUGUAUCCUCCUUGUGUUUCAACCUGAAGACCGCUACUUACCACAAAGAGAUCCUCAAGCCGCUUCGCUCCCUGCUGGCGGUAGGAACACACAGAUAACUUGCAGAAAUUCCUAUAUCCUGGAGCACAAACUCAAGACAGUGGCUUCUAAGUGCAAAUUCCUUUUCUACAAAUGGUUCCGAUUGUGUACACCGCAACAGUUUCAGUUCUGUAAAUACUUUAUUUAAUAUUUUGGGAUUUUUUAAAUAGUAUUUUUCUCUCUUUAUCUAGUGGCUCAAAAUGCUGACCGCAGUUUUCUCUGUUGCUACAAAGUUUCUUUACCACUGCUCCUCCUACCGCGCCAAGAACCUACACCCAUCCCACAGCUGAUGACACAGUUUACUUGGAAAAGCCAAUAUUUAAACAGUAUGAAGCUAUUGUCAGCUUCUUUAUUUGAUGAUAAGAGUAUGUAUAUUAUAAAAAAAAAAGAAGUAUUUUUAUUCAUUGUAUCAAAGUUCUCAAAAAGAAAAGAAAGAAAAAAAAUGAAAUCGGAUUCUGGAUGUUUCUACGUGUGUGCUUUUUACAGAGUCGGUUCUAAUUUAGUGAGUCCAUAAGACAGCGCAGUGCAUGCAUGAUUAUAAAUAAACAUAUUGAAUAAAUCGCUUAGGCCUGUAUAUUUCAUAA